AUGGCUUCAGAUGAGCGAGGGCUGAAACGUUUCAGUGGAGAUGAUGCCGACGAUGCUGGCAAGCAGCUGCGAAAGUGGAGAAACUGGGCCGAAGCCAAGAUGGUCACGAUGAGAGAUCUGAGUGACAAGCAGAAAGGGCCCUGGAUCUACACGCUGUUGGACGGGCGUGCUCUCGAAUCCGUGGAGCACCUAGACCUCACAGACCUCAUGAAGGAGGACGGAGCCUCCACUAUAUGGCGUCUCCUAGCAGAACGCUUCCCUGAGAAAGAGUCUGAAGACCAGAUGGGAGAGGCUCUUGGAGAAGUGUUUUCGUUGUGCGCCAAGGACGGUGAAACGAUGCAACAAUGGUCGUCGCGAGUACAUGAUGUGUUUCAGAAGUGUGUCCGGAAGGCGAAGGUGGAGUUCCCUUCACCAGCCAAAGGCUGGAUCACCCUCAACUGCGCCGGGCUUUCAGAAGAGCAGAAGGCCAUAGUGAAGGCGAAGACACAAGGGAAGCUUGAACUGGACGUGGUCACAGCCGCCCUGCGGUCAUGCUUUCCGCAGUACCGAGCGAGCGCCAGCAAGGCGCGUCGACCGAUGAGCACUUUCCUCGUGGACCAGGACUUUUCGGAGAUGCCCGAAGAGGAGACAGACAACUUCGCCGAUGUCGAGGCCUUUCUUGCCGACCAUGGCUUAGCCGAAGCCAGCCCCGAGCCGGAGGAGUUCCAGGAAGAUGAGGCCGCGGAGGCUUUGGCUGUCACCUGGAAAGAGCGCAGAAAGGAGAUCAGCAAGCUGCAGCAACGACGCGGUUUCGGCAACAGCAAGGCGUCGGAGCAGGCCAGACGCAGUUUCCGCGUGGAGAUUGAGGAGCUCAAACGCCGGACCAGAUGCCGAAAAUGCAAUCGGUUUGGACACUGGGCCCGCGAAUGCAAGGCCUCUUCCUCCAGCAACUCCGGCGGCUAUGGUGGUCAUGGCCCUUCAGCACAGACCUCGUCGUCGGCGCCUUCGACUCACGAGGCUCAUCUCGCCCAGACUGAGGUUCAGGGUGAGUACUCCUUUGUGGGCAUGGCUCAGGUGUUGAAUGUCGUACAGACCACUGAUGCCGAGUCCUCCGUGGAACAGCUGGAGGCUGGAUUGGUCUCGAGUCCCGGCUUUGGAGUGGUGGAUUCAGGCUGCGGUCGCACCUUGAUAGGCCGAGAGACCCUUUCAGCGUUGCAGACGAUGCUAGGUCACCGAGCCGGCCGACAGCCCGAGAUCUAUGAGAAUAUCAGUGUUUUUCGCUUUGGCAACGGGGCCACCGAGACAUCGGCCCAUGCUGCGCGAAUCCCUGUCGGAAUCUCAAAGAAAUUGGGGGUCAUUGACGCCGCCAUCAUCGAGGGCCGGGCGCCGUUGUUGUUGGGACGCCCAACGCUGGAACGGCUCGAUGUGGUCUUGAACUUUCGUGAGAAGACCAUGCGCUUCCUAGACCAGGGCCACUCAGUCCCGAUGCAAACCAAUCCUGCAGGUCAGUUGCUCAUCGACGUGCUCGACUUCCCGGAGGAAGAUGUCAACAGCUCGCUUGCCACCAGUCAGUGCCCGAGGGUGAAACAGUCCCAACCCCAUAAGGGUACCCUAGUUAGUCCCAACAGCCCUCAACACACUAAGCCUAUCCAGGAAAAUAAGGGUGUAGAGUCCAACCAGAGUGUCAAGCCGACAUCCGUUCCUGCGUGCUCCAACUCUCCUCUCGAGUCGCCUCAGAGCCUGCCAUCUCUGUCAAGCCCAAAUGCCAAAAAGAAGAAGAAACUCACCUUAAAGCAGAAGGAGUGUAGAUGUCUCUUGGCUCAGGUGAAGCAGCAGGAGUACCGAUGCUCUUCGCAGACAGCUGUGGCUGAGCUGUUCAGCCCACCGUGCCUGGCUGAGAAGGCGCGGGCACAAGGGGGAACGGGGUUGUCGUUUGAUAUACAUCAGGGGUGUGACUUGCUAGACAAGGAGACACAGCGUGAAGUCAGUCAGCUGUUAGACGCUGCAUGUCCCGAACUCCUGUGGUGCUGUCCUCCCAGCAUUCACUGGGGGGGAUGGGACUACCGCAACAGGUGCCUGCGCACGCCCCUUGAGCGGGCCCGCCUUGCCAGGAAAGCCCGAGCACAGGUCAAGUUUUGCGCGCAGGAAGUGCACAGACAGCUCAAGCGUGGAGGCCAUUUUGCGUUCGAGCAUCCUCUCGGGUCAGGAGUUUGGAAGACCCCAGAAACGCAAGCCCUAAAACGUAAGUUUGGGUUGUAUAGAACCGACAUGUGUGCCUACGGCUUGUGCUGUCCAGACAGCAAGAAGCCCGUGCAGACAGCCACAGGCAUCAUAUCUUCCCAUCCGUCAGUGGAACAGCUUGCGCGCAGGUGCUCCGGGGGUCAUGUCCAUAAGGUUAUAGCUGGGAACACUAGCCAGGGUCCGCCUAGCACCGGUGCAGGUCGUUACUGCGAGGGUUUUGUGGACGCUGUGUGGGAGCACCUGGGCCCAGCAAAACGUCCGGCCAACCAUGUCGAAGCCAUUGAUUGGCAGGCUUUGCGUUGCGAGUGCCUAGCUGGUGAGGAUGAACAGCCCGAAGAACCGUCCUCCGAAGCACCCCAAGCUGCGCCGAACAGCCCCGCGCAUCCCGAACCAAGUCCUGAACAAGUGCAAAAGGUAGACCAAGCCCUGAAGCGUCUCCAUGCCAACCUAGGUCACCCCUCCCGAAAGGAACUAGAGAGAAUCCUGAAGCAUGCCGAUGCAUCCUCUCUGGCUGUGCAGCGUGUGUCGCACUUGCAGUGUUCGGCGUGUUCCAACCACCAGCGGCCUGCUGCUCCGCUUCCUGCCAACACAUCACGCAUUACCGAGUUUAAUGAAAAGAUAGGGGUUGACGUUAAGUAUCUUCCGGGAUGGCGAGCUGACCAGACCAUUCCAUGUGUCAACAUAGUGGACUAUGCCUCGUCUCUACAAGUAAUGGUUCCUAUCUUCAAGCGAGAGACCGGCGAGCUCAUCCGAGCCGCCGUGCGUGAUCGUUGGUUGUCGUGGGCUGGACCUCCGAAGGUCCUUGUUUUGGAUCCGGCGCGCCCAAACUUAGGUGAAGUAUUUGGGGAUUUCUGUAACGACCAAGGGAUUGCAGUAGAGCAAACGGCCACGGGGUCACAUUGGCAACUAGGCAAAGUAGAGCGUCAUGGCGGCUGGUUCCAAAACAUUUUGCGCCGUGUGUUGGAUGAAAUGCGGCCAGCGUCUGAAGAAGACUACCUGACGUGCAUCGCGCAGACGCAGUCUGCCAAAAACAGCCUCCUCACAGAAGCGGGCGCGAGCCCGUACCAACAUGUGUUUGGUCGCAACCCUCGUGUGCCCUCUGAUCUCCUUCAGGACAGUCCGCAUCCCGCGGCAUCCGAUGCUGUGUGUGCUGAUCCGGCGCUGGAGCGCGCGCAAGCGGAUGACCGUGCCUUGCGCGCCGCGCUGCGCGCACGCCCACGUGUGCACCGGGAAUUUCGGUCCGGGGAUUGGGUGUACUAUUGGCGCACGCAGAAGUCCGUAGAUGGUUCUAGAAUAGAAGGGGGAAGGUGGUAUGGUGCCGCGCUAGUUUUGGGUUGUAUCGGCCGUAACCUAGUUGUUGCACACAGACGCUCCAUCAUGCGAUGUUCACCUGAACAGCUGCGCCCAGCAGCUGACGAUGAAGCAGCCGUGGCAGUGUUUCCGGAGAACGAGCUGUUAGGAAUCAAGGUGUUGCUUGAAAAAGGUCAGUUCCCUCGUAACCAGUUCAUCGACCUCGUUGGGCAGCCCGAAGCACCGGUUCCUAGGGAAGUCGAGGGGCAGCUAGCAGAGUUCCCGGAUUCAGGCCAUGCCAUGAAUGCUGCACAGCUGUUUGAGGGUCGGCGCCAGGCGCAAGUGCCUCAGAGUCCUCUGGAGUCUCAGUUGGAGUCUCAGAACCUUCUGCAAGGCCCAGCGCACUCCAAAGCAAAACCAAGUGUCCUGGAACAACGACCCAUCCUUGAAGAGCCUCCUUCUGAGCCAUAUGGCCCCAUGCGACGCCUGACACAGAAGACCAAGUGGGAGCCGUUGGCCCGGCGUCGUGUCGAGGACCAUCCUGAGGACUUCCUCGAAAUGAUGCAAGAGAUGGUGCCUCAAAUGCUGCAGGUGGACACGGACGAAGACCUUCAAGUAGAACAUCAGCUGAGCCUCGGCCAUUUGCACAACGGCCCUGUAGAGUGCCUAAUGGCUGCUUUCAUUCAGAAACGCAUGCAGAAAGAGAUCCCUUCGACUGGCAAUCAGCAAGCGCUGCAGCAGAAAGUCGAUGAAGCCAAAACUGUGGAAUGGGAAACCAUACAAGGGAAGUCUGCGAUGCGUGUCUGGAAGGGUGCCAAGGCCCGUGAGAUCCGAAGGCGAUUUCCGGACAGAUUUAUCGGGUCUAGGUUUGUAGUCACCAACAAGGUUGAUGAAGAUGGCGAACGAGUCAAGGCUAGGCUCUGUCUUCAAGGUCAUUUGGAUCCAGAUUUCCAUCAGAAAAUCGCCUCUGGUGACUGCCACAGUCCUACGCUAAGCGGCCUGGGUCGCGGCAUUCCGGGACUAGAGCCUUCAGACGUGCUGGAGGUGACGGGAAACAUGUAUGGCGCCAACAACGCGCCCCAAGAAUGGUACCGCACUUUCGACGCCGAAGCACGUGCUGUCAGCUUCCAGCGUUCCUCUUUCGACAGCUGUUUGUACCUUUUCCGAGACACCUCCGAUUCACUUACGGGUGCGUUAGGAGCACACGUGGAUGAUACCAUGACAGGCGGGGAAGGCAAAGAGUACAACGAGGCCAUAGCUAAGCUUCGCACCAGAUUCCCUUAUAGGAAAUGGAGGGUCGGAAACGGUGAGUUCUGUGGGGUCACGUACUCUCAAGACCAGGCUUCCUUCGAGAUCACCUUUCACCAGCGCGAGUAUGCUAGACAUCUGAGACCUAUAGCCAUGACCAAGGAACGCCGUAAGGACAGAGAGGCCACAGCUAAUCCCAAGGAGAUUGCCGCCCUCAGAGCAGUCAACGGAGCCGCCAACUGGCUCAGCGGGCAGUCGCGCCCCGACCUGGCAGUACAAACGUCUUUUUCCCAGCAAGCUUUUCCCAAUCCCAAGGUGAAGGACUUGUUAGCUGCAAACCAACUGGUCCAGCGGGCCAAACAACAUGCUGAAGUAAGCAUCACCGUCCGGGACAUCCCUGUCAGUCAGCUAGCUAUUGCCUUUCAUAGCGACGCCGGCUUUGCCAAUGCAGGUGCCAACGGCACACAGGCAGGCUACGUGUUAGCAUUUGUGCAUCGCCAGCUAGACCGGGGCCAGGAGUCAGAGUGGUCGCCGUUCGCAUGGAAGUCAUAUAAAAUGGCCAGGGUUGUAGCUUCAACGCUAGCUGGCGAGGCCCAGAGUUUUGCAUCUGCCAGUGGCCUAUCUGAAUGGGUCAGCCUGAUGACUUAUGAAGCCCUUUACGGGGCCAUCGAUCUGCGCGAAUCCUCUGCUGUGCUAGGAAAAAUUCCCAUUAUAGGAAUUACGGAUUGCAAAAGCCUGUAUGAUGCCGUACGUUCACCCUCAUCUCCGUCCAAGGUAGAUGAUAAGCGGGUGGCCAUAGACCUAGCUAUCAUUAAGCAGUGUGUUGAACGUACAGGGAUGAGCGUAAGGUGGUGCCCUACUGAGCUAAUGUUAGCCGAUGCCUUAACAAAAGAUCAAGCUGAUCCUGCAGACCUUUUGCGAGCGGCCCUGUGUGGUGGCUGCUACCAGCUUUCUUCAGAGGCUUCCGUCCUGGCCCAGAAGAAACAAGUGCGAGAGGCCCGUCAACGGCUGUGGCAAGCGCUUUCCGUGAAGAGCCCGAACGAGCCACAGCAGCACUCUCUGUGA